CUAAAACUAAACAGAAACUUGUACAGUUUAAUGUAAAUUAAUGUUCUAAAAUACUUUUUUUUAGCUGAAUCCUAGCUGCAACCAACUGAACUGACACAAUAAAAUAAGUAAUAAACAGCAAUAUGUACUACCUAUACGUAACUUUUGGAACGUUUAUAGCAUGCAGUUAUUAUUUUUAUACGUUUAAAUUAUGACCUUAAAGUCUAUGGUUACAACGUAAAGGAAUCGCGUUUUUAACCGGUUCUUUAAACCUGUUCGAAAGAACCGAUUCGCGGGAAUGAGUCUUCCCAUCACUAGUGCGUUGCGCAUCUUGGUGUGGAGCCGAACUGAAUAACUGAGAAAGAAGAGUGUUGUUAUUGACUAAGAGAGCCUCGUUGAUUUCUGUGUUUUUAGUGGAGGAAAGGAAUCAAACAAUAACUUUUAAUUAAUUGAUGUUCCGCGCAUUCUGUAGUAGUACGGUUUUAAUUUUUCCUCGACAAAGACCGUAAGUUUUCUUCUUUAGUGCAAUUAUCUGUUAUUGCGUGUGUGAGCGUAUUGGCUUUUAGUUUUAAGGCGAUUCGUGUUUCUGAUAGACAUUCCAGCUGCACUGCUAAUAUUCUGCUCAACUGUAUAAGUCUAGUUUACCGUCUUAUUACAGAAACUACAGUUUAAUAGAAACGGACGCGUUUGUCACCGGGAUCUCGUUCCUCUCCCGAGGAAAGCUGAGGAUCUGUUAAUCGCCGCGUGCAGAAUACGGGACCGCACUCUCGCGCUUGCAGAGCUCCAGUCAGCUCUCUUGAAGCUGUCAUCACAUCAUGUUGCCGUCCAUCGCGUUGUUUUUACUCUUUCUGUCUCCGUCGAGGAGCUCGAGACGGUGUAGUCUCCUCUGCCGGUGUUAUGAAGACUCAGACCUGGUGGACUGCCACGCCAGGGGGUUUGAGGACGUCCCACAUGGACUCCCCCAUGGCACCUGGCUCCUAGACCUGGGAGGAAACAAGCUUAAGGAGAUCCGGAGUCGAGCUUUUGCUGGCCUUUGGUCUUUGCGUAUACUAGUGCUCUCAGACAGCAGCAUCCAGGCUCUUCAAACACAGGCUUUUUUCUCUCUGUCCUUUCUGGAGAAGCUAGACAUGAGUCGUAAUAACCUCACACAGAUCCCUCCUAACUUCUCAGAGAGCCUGUCUUCUCUGCGUGAGUUGCGUCUGGACCACAAUGCACUGCAGCUGUUGAAAACGUCAGGCUUUGAACAUCUGGAGAACCUUGAGAAGCUGGACCUCAGCCACAAUCGCAUCCAGUCUCUCGAACCAGGUGCGUUCCGUGGCCUGUCCCGUCUGCGCCACCUUUACCUCCAAGGGAACCACUUGGGUGCCGUGCGAGACCGAUCCUUCACAAUGCUCCCCGCCCUAGAAGUUCUGCUCCUGGGCAACAACAACAUCUCUCGGAUCGAGGUCAAUGCACUAGCACCAUUGCACAGUCUGUCUCUGUUGGGUUUGGAGGGGAAUCAUCUGGAACAGCUAAACUUCAAGACGUUCCUCAGCUUGCACACAGCUGCUACGCACCUGCAGUUGGCUGGGAACCCGUGGAACUGUGACUGCGACCUGCACCGUGUCUUCAGUAAGCUGCUCAGCGUGCGGCACCUCUACGUGGAUGACUAUCGCAACGUAACUUGUCGGGAGCCUUGGCAGCUCGCCGAAGCCUCUUUGGCUUGGGUGGACAGCCAGCUGUGUGUGGCUGAGACUGUUACUGUGUUAGUCAUCACCGCUACUGUGAUUGUGACUGUUUUUGGUGCCUUGAUCAUGGCGGAGAGAAAACGCAAGAAACAAAAACACUGGGAACAGAAUGAGGAGGAAGCGCAAGAGUAAGGCAGUUUCACAUGAGAUUAGGACACUUUACUUCUUUUUUUGGGAUUAUAAAAACACAGAUAAAUCACCUGAUUUGACCCCUUUUCCCAACAAAGAGCAAAUACACAGAUUCAGUGAGAUCCUGGACUGAUUCCAUGAGUUGAUGUGGUGAUGGAAAUCGAAACUCUUAAGAUGCAGUUCGCAAACUUUGAACAGAAGUAUUUGAUAACUUGGAUCUGAUCUAAUCUAGGAUGCAUUCAGAUUAGAAUCUGUGCUAGGUUACCAAUUAGUUGUGUAGAUGUGUUAUAGGUUACAAUACUGUGUUCAGCAGCAUCUUACAGACAUCUCUUUGAAAUCUUGCAAACUCUUGGUAAAAUAUCAAGGUUAUUUUUAUUUUAUUGUAUAUUUAAUUAAAU